AUGGUCUACCCGAUGCCGCUGAUCAACGAUCUACUGGAGGAUCUGGAGUCUACACUAUGGUAUUUCUCACUGGAUAUGGCGCGUAGGUUUUGGGUGGUGAAGAUGACGGAUCGGGCCUGCCUGAUCUCGGCCUUUAUCACCCCAUUUGGACUUUUCGAGUGGAAUCGGAUGCCGUUUGGGCUGAAGAAUGCGCCGCAGAUCUACCAGCGGAUGAUCGACAACGUAUUAUGUGGAUUCACCCGGAUCCCGAAAAUUGCAGGUGAUCUGGAGCGUCUUGAUGUAUUUGAGGCCGGAGAACCUGAGGAUCCGGGCAAACCAUCGGUGUUAGGACGCAGAUCCUACAUCGACGACAUCUUAGUUCCAGCGAAUAAUUGGGGUCAGUUAUGCGUGCAACAAAUGGAACUUGCGAUCAGUGUUGUCAAGAGUUUCUGGGGCAUGCCCAAGGUGGAAUAUCUAGGUCACAAGGUAUCGCAUGAUGGACUGGAGACGAAUCCGAUAGAUCUGUCGGCGUUGACGGAUCUCGAGUUUCCCGGAUCCCUGCGUGCUAUGCAAUCCUCUUUGGCACGAGAUCCGAACCCAGUGUCAAGGGAUCCUACGCUUGACAGUGCAAAAAUGUCGGAUACCAAGAAGGACAAUGUAGCAGAUCUGGAUCCGCUAUGGAUCCAUGCUCACAGAUCAUUCAAGGCGUUAAUGGAAAAGAUCGCGAUAACGCCGAUCCUACGUCACUUUGAUCCGGAUCUGCAGGCUGUGGUGGUUGUAUAUGCCAGUGAUUGGGCGAUAUCCGGCGCAUUGGUGCAAGAGUAUGAUCAGGUCUACUAUCCAGUGAUGUUCGCGAGCCGUACGUUGAAGUCUAACGAAUUAAACUACGGGAUCGCGCAGAAAGAGGUGUUGGCAUUGUUGCGGAUCCUGGAUCUCAACUAUAUUACUUUAGUUGGGAGACGAAUCCAAGUGAUGACACGACAUUCUACACUAGCUUGGUUGUUUGGAUCCAAUGCAUUACAAAGUCGCCUGGUACAGUGGGCCGCGCUACUUUCACUUUGGAUCCUCGAGAUCGUCAAGUGUAACAAGGGUGAGGAUGAGAUCCUGGGCACAUUAGCAGCGGGUAUCACUCCCAGAUCCGAAAUCGCCCCGAAGAAGGAGCCGAGACGCAAGAUCCAAGCCCCGAUCCCGACGGUGAGAUCGGAUGAAGAUCUGUAUGUCGCUAGCUUUGACGGAUCCGCCCGUGCCAAGCGAGGUAGAGGCGCCUACAGCAUGAUCCUAUCCGGCUAUGCCGAGGGCCUAACUGUCAAUGAGGCCAAAUAUCACGGCCUGUUGUUAUGUCUUGAUUUGUUGGAAGGGACGGAUCCGCUACGAUUGGUGAUCUGUGGCGACUCAAACCUGGUGAUCCGCCAAGUAAGGGGUGAGAUCGACUGGAAGGCGCCUGGAUUGACACAAAAGGCGUUGGACAGAUUGCGGAUCCGGCCGGAUCAUGAGUUGGUACGUGUGAAGCGGGAUUGGAACGGAAGUGCAGAUAACCUGGCUAGUGAUGCAUUGCAACGGCAAUGUGGGAUCGAAGUCGAAACCGAUAGCGAGAUUCAGGAUCUGAUCACAUUGAACAGGCUGGAGGAGAUAUUGGUGGUGAACACGGAGGAUCCGAUCGAAGGCCAGAUCCGGCGUGAGAUCGGGAUCCAACCCCCCCCAGUAUUGUGCGAAGAAGUGAUCCGAGAGCUCAGGAUCGAGCGGAUCCGGCAGGCACAGGACGAGGAGGCGUGGAUCCACAUUUUGAAGAAGUAUCUGGUUGGCGAAAUACGCGAUCUGACACAGGAAGAGGCCAAAUCGUGCGGAUCCAUCGCUAUGAAUUAUGAAGUGGAUCAGCACGACCUCCUGUCUUGUUGUCCCACUACGAAGGAAUCAGCUGCGGAUCGGGACAAAUUGAUG